AUGUGGGGCUGCGGGGCCCGGCUGGUUUGGCUGCUGGUGCUGUCGCUGGCCUGGCUGGGCCUGGCGUUGGGGGGUGAGGAGGAGGAUGGGGAGGUGGUGGUGGAGGAGGAGAAGGAAGAAGACGUGCUCUCAGAUGAGCUCAAGGAGGAGGACGGUGUCCUGGUGCUCCACGAACACAACUUUGCCCGUGCCCUGAGCGAGCACCGGCUGCUGCUGGUGGAGUUCUACGCGCCGUGGUGUGGGCACUGCCAGCGGCUGGCACCCGCCUUCGCCCAGGCAGCUGCCACACUGAGGAACGAGUCUAGCCUGGCACGGCUGGGCAAGGUGGAUGCCAUGGCACAGGCAGCCCUGGCCAAUGAGUUUGGCAUCACCUCCUACCCCACGCUCAAGCUCUUCCGUGAUGGCAACCGCACCCACCCCCUCACCUACACUGGCCAAAUGGAUGCCAAGGGCAUCGUGCGCUGGAUGUGGCGUCGGGCCGGCCCCAGUGCCACGCUGCUGCAGGAUGCCAACACUGCCGCCGCCUUCAUCAGCUCCCAGGACUUGGUGGUCGUCGGCUUCUUCAAGGACCUGGGGGGUGAGGCAGCCCAGGCAUUUUACGAGGUGGCUGGUGAGAUGGUGGACGUGCCAUUUGGUGUGGCCGAGGCAGCUGAGCUCUUCCAGGCAUACGGGCUGUCGGCUGACACCGUCUGCCUCUUCAAGAAGUUCGAUGAGGGACGGACAGACUUCCCCGUGGACCCGGCACGGGGGCUGGAUGCAGCCGAGCUCACCCAGCUGCUUCGCGUCCACAGCCUGGAGCUGGUGAUGGAAUUCACCAACGAGACCUCCGACCAGAUCUUCAGUGCCAAGAUCCCCCACCACAUGCUGCUCUUCCUCAACAAGUCAUCAUCAGCGCAGCUGACGCUGCGGGAUGGCUUCCGGGUGGCCGCUGGCACUUUCCGAGGCAAGGUGCUCUUCGUGGUGGUGGAUGUGACCGGGUACGGCGCUGACGUCCUGCCCUUCUUUGGCCUGACACCCGCCGACGCCCCCACCCUGCGCUUAGUCAAGAUGGAGAACAACCGCAAAUACCGGAUGGACCAGGACACUUUCUCGGACACAGCCAUACGCACCUUUGUCCAAGCAGUGCUGGAUGGCAAGGUGAAGCCCCACCUGAUGAGCGCGGAGCCUCCCGAAGACUGGGACACACGGCCCGUUAAAGUUCUGGUGGGGAAGACCUUCGAGCAGGUGGCGUUUGAUGAGACCAAGAACGUCUUCGUCAAGUUCUACGCACCGUGGUGCUCCCACUGCCAGGCGAUGGCAGCUGCCUGGGAGGAGCUGGGUGAGCGCUACAAGGACCAUGAGGACAUCGUCAUCGCUGAGUUGGACGCCAUGGCCAACGAGCUGGAGAACAUCACCAUCAAAGGCUUCCCCACCCUGCACUACUUCCCCGCAGGGCCAGGCAGAAAGAUGGUCGAGUACAAAAGCGCCCGAGACGUGGAGACCUUCUCCAAGUUCCUGGAAAAUGGGGGAACGCUGCCCGAGGAGCCGCCUGUGGUGCCCAAGACCCCUGAGAACAGCACGGCCAGGGAGGAGCCCAGUCCGCUUGGGACGGCCGAAUCCCGGGAUGAGCUGUGA